AUGGGAAAUAAAAAUUUUUUUAUUGAAGACGCUAAAACACCACUUCCAGGCGAAGUUGAAGGACAAAAAUAUGUAUUUUUUUUUAUAAAAGUUCAUUUUGGGCUCUGUUACGACUAUUCCAAUCAAAUAUCAUCCAGAUUUGGCAUCAAAGUUUAUUUUUUUUUGAUAUUUCUGGUCGUUUUGUAUAUUCCUAAGAGUUUCAAAAAUGCGUAUUCGAAUAUAAUUUUUUAUGUAAAUGUUGCGAAAUCGCUCCUUUAUUUUGAUUUUGUGUAUGCGCAGAUUUCAGAGCAGAGAGUUUAUGAUAAUUUUGCAAAUUUCUGCUUCUUGUCCCAUCGCAAAAGGUGGUUUUUGCGUGUGAAGCGUAACGUUUCUGUCAUUAAACAGGAAGCAGUGAUACCGGAAGCCCUUUCUCCUUUUUUUAAACUCAGCCACGGUACAAAACCAUUGAGUAACUACAAUUCUAUGCUAAAAUAUAGUAUUUUAUUAUUUAUCUGCUUGUUUAGACUCGUUUCCACUUUACUUAUAAUAUUUGACCUAACUAAAGUUAAUAAAGUAGAUCUUAAAGCUUGUCCUUGA